AUCCUCCAAUCUUGCAACGGCCUGUUACUUUGUUGCUGCUCCUGCAAAAAUCAGCCUGAGCCAAACUAUUAUGUUUAUAAUCCUGCAACUAAACAGCACACUGUACUUCCUCCAUGUGCUAGCAGUUCUGCUCACAUUCUUGAUGUUUGUUUGGCUUUUGACCCUUCAAAGUCACUCACUACAAGCUUAUGUGUCAAGGCUUCUAAUACUUCUGGUGCUCCUUUCGCUCUGCCAUUUGAUAUACAGUUCAAGAAUGCAGUGUUCUGGAAUGGUGCUGUUCAUUGGAUUGGUGAUUGGAGUGAUUCUGUGUCCUUCGAUGUUGACAACGAGCAAAUUCGAGUAAUGCCAAUUCCUUUAAUCCCAGAAGAAUGGAGUGAGAGAAGGUUCAGGUACUUUGGAGAAUCCCGGGGCCAUCUGCAUCUUGUCGAAAUCUAUGGUUCCCUCACUAUCCAGUUUUGUGUCUAUGAAAUGGAGAGAGACUACUCUGGAUGGUUCCCGAAAUACCAGGUUGAUUUAUCUUCUGUUGUAGCUCCAUAUCCUGAGAUGAGGAUGAAAAGACUAAAUCCAAUGCACCUGCAUUACUAUUCAUUUUCAAUACUGUGUAUUGUGGAGGAAGAAGAUGAUGAGAAAUCAUAUCUGGUGCUGCACAUACCUAAGAAGGUUAUACGGUACAACUUCAAGGACAGGAGUUUCAAGAUGCUUCAUGAUUUUUGUCCACCUCAAAGUUCAAUAUCUAAGGAUCCAAAUUCUUUACAGUUCCAAUGUUUUGAUGCUUAUCAAUUCAUACCUGCCCUAGCUUGUGUUUGAUUCUAUUUUUUCUUAGAAAA